CUUUGAGGAGUUCUUGCUUCAACAGUGUUUGAACGGAACUUCUUCUCUUCGCCCCGAUUUCCAUUUCAUCUACUUUGCUUUCUGGAAGCCAAAAAUCCUUUUCUACUUGAACACUACAGAUAAAGUCGACGCUAAGCUUUAUUUUUGUAUCUUUUAUUAAUAAAACGCACAAAAACCAUCAGCCGAAAUGGAAUCCCAGGUACGUCAGAACUACCACACCGACUGCGAGGCCGCCAUCAACCGGAUGGUCAACAUGGAGCUGUUUGCGUCUUACACCUACACUUCUAUGGCCUUCUACUUUGACCGUGAUGAUGUGGCCCUGCCAGGAUUCUCCCACUUCUUCAAGGAGAACAGCCAUGAGGAGAGGGAGCAUGCUGAGAAGCUGCUGUCCUUCCAGAACAAGAGAGGAGGGCGCAUCGUCCUCCAGGACAUCAAGAAACCUGAGCGUGACGAGUGGGGCAGUGGGCUGGAGGCCAUGCAGUGUGCUCUGCAGCUGGAGAAGAAUGUCAACCAGGCUCUGCUGGACCUGCACAAGCUGGCUUCUCAACUUAAUGACCCACAUAUGUGUGACUUCUUGGAGAGACACUACCUGGAUGAGCAGGUGAAGGCCAUCAAGAAGCUGGGUGACCACAUCACUAACCUCACCCGCAUGGAUGCCCACAAAAACAAGAUGGCAGAGUACCUGUUUGACAAGCACACUCUGGAUGGAAAGAGCUAAAUGCCAAGACCUAGAAGUGAUCCUGGAGCAAAAAUGUUAACAACGCAGGCUUUUAACUAAACACACUUCUGCUCCAGCUGUUUCACUGAGAAUAAUUUCUUUCC